AAUCAAUUGAAGGAUACAGUUAGAAGAUUCCAAACUCUAAGUCUUGAGUAUCUAUAAUAGCAGUAAGUAAGAAUCAGUUAACAUUUCAUCAAUUGAGGGAUCAACAAAGCAGGAAUUUGAUUAGAUGUCUUGGAGUGAUGAACUAUGUCUAGUAGAUAUGUCUUUCUUAGACUGUCAUUGUGAGAUAAACUGUUUUCCAUCUUUAUGAUUUCUGAAUUGGUAAAACAUUGACUGAUGAGUUGUUAACCAGUAUUUUAAAGACUCGAGACUUUUCGUUGGAAUAUUUCAUUUUCAUUUUAGAUUUUAUGACUUUAAAAAUGCCUACCUAAUAAGUAGAAUGUUGGUUCACAUACUGUUAAUACUGUGGAAGACUGUCUUCCAAUACUGUAAAUCAAGAAUCAGGUAUAGUUACCAAUUUACAAUACUUAUUUUUAUUAUUAGUAUUUAUUAGUAGUAUAUUUAUUAAUAACUUAAUUGAAAGGUGGAAAUGCAUCUUAAUUUAAUAUAUUGAUUUUGGUUUUUCGCAAAGGCAUUUGAUGAGAUAAAAUUUAAAUUUUGUUUCAGGACAAAGGUUUAUGUGUCAGAAGUGUUACAAAUCUUAUUCAAAUCGAACAAACCUCAACAGGCAUUUAAGAGAGAAAAAGGUUUGCUUGCUCUGCUUGUCUGAGAACUUAUUCAAAUAAACAAAAUCUAAAUAGGCAUGUAAGAUAUGAGUGUGGAAAACCACCCUCAUUCAUCUGCCAAUACUGUAACAAGAGAUUCUUUCGAAAGGAACAAAUGACAUUCCAUGCUAUUAGUAAACAUGGUUUUCAAUUGAAUUAUUCUAUUUAAUUAACAUCAUUUAUAAUUUGAAUUUGAUUUAAAUUUAAAAAUACUGAUUGAAAUUAUAAUAAAGUGUUUCAAUAAAGAGAAUAUUCAGAAAUACUCAGAGGCUUUUAUUUUAUUGUAUUAAUAAAUUAAAGGCAUUGGAUAUUGGAUUAUUAUUAUUCUCUUCUGAGACCUCAUUUAAAUUACUAUCAAUACUUUACCAUUCCAUCAUUCAGUGCCCACAAUCCUACUCUCCCUUCUUGUUUUUUUUUCAGUCAAUACAAUUUACACGUUUUAUUAUUUCUAUGUUUUAUUUUUAAACUAAUAAGACGGAUAAUUUUUCUGAUAGGACAUUACCUUAAAUUUACUUCAGAAAUUUUGGAAAUGUGUGGAACAUUUAUUUUGUAGGGUUUUAAUAUUGUCUCACUUAUAAUGAAAAAUGCUGCCUGUCUGUAUAAUCUGCCUAUUUGAUAAAUCUGCUUGGGAAUGUGUCUAUGUCAUGAACAAUCAGUACAUGGUGGCUAAGAUCUAUUUGCAUUUUAUUAUAGCUUCAGGCAGAUUAUGGCUGCUGACCUCUGCUUCUUCAAAAGUUAGAAAAUAUGGCAAAUGUUAUGUAUCUGCUCAAUCAUCAAAUUACAUAAAUAAUAGCUACAAACCAGUAAUAAUGGCUGAUAGCAUUUUUUAUAUGUUGUGGACCUAGAUCAGGUAUUAUGAAGCAAUGUAAUGUUUAUUUAUUUAUAUUUCUAUUUUACAGUAAUGUAAAGGUAUGCAUGUGCAGUAAUAAAAAUUCAUAUUGUGAAUUAAUAGUUUUAUCUAAUUUCUGUUUGCCCUUUAGAAAGGAGAUUUACUUGCUCUACAUGUCAGCGCAGUUACUCACGAAGGCAACAUCUACAAAGGCACGUCAAAUAUGAGUGUGGAAAACCUCCUUCAUUUAUAUGCCAAUUUUGUUAUAAGGGAUUUACUCAGAACUCAUCACUUAAAGUUCAUCUUUUUAAUAAGCAUUCAAAUUAUCAUGUUAACAUAUAGAUGUAUUGUAAAUAUUAGGCAAAAAUCUUUUAAUAUUUACAAAUAUUAUUUUGAUAAGAUCUCUAAACUUCUGUAUUCAGAUUAUUUGGUAGAAUUUUGUUUACUAUAUAUAUUACUCUAAGGAAGACACCAUGAUGAAAAAUGCUAUUGUGUUGAAAAGAUUUAACCUUCAAUUUAAUUGUAAUUAAAUUAUACUUCAACUGUAAUAGACUUUUCUAGAGAGAGAUAAAUAAAAGAUUUUAUUCAUAUCAGAACAAAGACCAGAAUCAAAAAUACAGUUUAGUUAAAAUGCUUUUUAGUUUAAUUAUGAAAACAAAUAUGUAUAUUUUAUAAGUUUUAAAAUAUUGACAUUUUAUUCUUUUAAAUUUAUUCUGUUAUUGUUGAUAAGUCAAAUAAAUUCUUUUUAUCGAAGUACGCUAUUCUUUAACUGUAUUUUAUAAAUCAAUUGAGUAUCACAUAACUUAUUAUUUAUAUGUCUAAACAACAUAGUGCUCGAACAGCACUGUUGAGUGGUCAAAAAUAACAAUCAAGCCAGAAACAAUCAAAUAUACUAUGUGAUUCUGAUCUUUGAAGAUUUUUUUUUAAGUUUUAUUUUUUUUUGUUCACAUCUGUCAUUCAGCCUGCGACAAUUAGUAUGUGUGAUGUUAUUUGAUAAGAUUGAAAUGUCAGACAUGAGGCUUUUGAACAUCUAAUUUUAUUUUAUUGCAAGUCUAUGGAAUAAAACUUGGCUUACUGUGAUUAAAAUAAGUGGGCUAACCACAGUCAACCUCUUCUUCCUGUCCAUAUUAGAGAAUAUAAUAACAAUACCAAAUAAUAAAAUGAUUUUUUUUGCAAUUUCUCCUUUUUUUAAAAUAAUAUUUUAAAGACCGUUAAAUUAAUACAUUUAUUAUUAUUAAAUCUGAUCCUGUGAUAUAUUAGCUGUAUAUUUAUAAUUAUAUGUUUUUCUUCAGAGAGGAGAAGAUAUAGUUGCCCUGCAUGUCAGCGAACAUAUUCUAAUAGGCAUAAUCUUCAUAGGCAUGUCAAAUAUGAGUGUGGAAAACCUCCAACAUUCAUCUGUCAAUAUUGCAACAAGGGAUUUGUUCGAAAGGAACGCAUGACAUUCCAUGUUUACAAUAAACAUGGUGUAAUCAAGAGAAGAAGGUAUACUUGCUCUACUUGCCAGCGUACUUAUUCCAAUAGACAAAAUCUUAACAGGCACGUCAAAUAUGAGUGUGGGAAACCUCCCUCAUUUAAAUGCCAAUUUUGUCAUAAGGGAUUCACUCAAAACCAUGCACUCAAAGUACAUGUUUUUAAAUCAACAGAAGAGGGCCAUUAUUGUUAUUCCUGUGGGCGCAAAUAUAAAUAUAAAAAACAUCUUAAUAGACAUGUUAGAUAUGAAUGCGGUAAGGCUCCUUCUUUUCUAUGCCCUCACUGUCCGAAAGGAUUUAGUCGUAAACAAUCGCUAACCUUCCAUGUUUUCAGUAAACAUAAAGAUUUCAAAAUGCUGUAAAAUUUAUGUUUAUAUUUGUAUAAACAUAAACAUGUAACAAUGUUGGUAGAAAAUGUUUGUGAUAUAUUAAUAAAAAUCUAUCGAGUUUAUAAUUUUUUUUUUCUUGAAUAAGACUGUGUAUUUUUAAAGUUAUUUAUUUACAUUUAUUCCAGGAACUUGUAAAUAUUUAAGCAAAUAGUGCUGUAUAAUUUUUAUAAUAUAAUUUUUAAAAUGUAUUUUAUUUAUUUUAAAAUUUUAUGGUGCUGAAACCGAGGUAAGGGUACUGUUGGAAUAGUAUAUGCUGUUCAAGUGAAUAGAAAUAUUUUAUGUUGGAAGGAGCUAUUUAUUAUUUCUGGGAUUAUAUUGAGUAACAUCUUAUAUUUAUAAAUUAUUAAAUAUUAGAGAAACUUGUACUCAAUGUUUCAGAUAUACAAUAAGGUGUACCUAGGGUUUUUUAUAGUAAUAAAAUGUUUUUUAUUUACUUCAAUGAAAAUCAUGUAACAAUUUUCUUUUUCUUUAGGAAUGUUCCAAGAAAGACAUAACUGCUCAAACUGCUACCGAUCUUACAAACAUCGGCAUCAUCUCUUGAGACAUAUAAAGUUUCAUUGUGGAAAACCUCCUGCUUUUCAUUGCCAAAGUUGUAAUAAGGCUUUUCACCGAAAAGAUGUUUUAGAAGUCCAUUUCCUAUCUCAGCAUGCUAAUUUGAUUUAAUUUCACGCACUAUAUAAUAUUAAUAAAAGUAUUAUUCAAAUUAGUUAGUUAUCUGUUAACUUGUCUUAAGUGUUGGAUAUUUAUUAGUUAAUUUGAUGUGUUAAAUAAAAGUUUAUUUAUAAACAUAUGGAUAUUGCAUUGGCAAAUUACUGUAUAGAAUUACUGACAAUAACAGUUUUAUUAAAUUAUUUAAAAAUUUUGUUACUAUAUGUUGUUUUAAAUAAGUAUAUCUAAUGGCAGUCAAUGUAUUGUUUAUGUGAUUCACAAAAAUAAUAUGUUUUUCUUGUACAUAUCAGUAUGUUUCAUCAAGUCAAGCUGGUAUAAUUUUAAUUUAAUAUUGUAUACAUUGCUAAAUAAUUAUUCUAAAAUAUAGGUUUAAUUUUUUCUUCUAUACAGAAAUGAAAAUUAUUUUCUCUUAAAAUAUCUAUUACAUUUUAUUCACUUA